GGUCUGGCUGCCUGGUUCUCGCGGGCCGCUGAACCGGGAACCUUGGCCCCCAAAAGGCGUAGCGGAGCGGGGCAGAAGGGAGGCCUACGGUCCUCGGUCGGAAAUUCUCGCCCUGGGGAUUGGCUACAAAGAGGGGGCGUGGCGUGAGGGGGCGGGGUCAGCGGUCUCCCUGGAGCCCGCACAGAGAACCUGCGGUGGCGCAGAUCCUAGCUUGGCGCGGAGGGUCGCGGGGCAGCGGGGCGGCCAGGGCGGCCGGGGCAGCGGGUGGGUGGGGGUGGCGGGGCGGGCUGGCCAUGCCCCCAGAAUCCCCAUCGCUGUGGGAGCUGGUGGAAGAGCACGUCCCGCUCCCCGAGCGGCCCGAAGUGAAGCGGAUUCUGGGAGAGACCAUGGUAGACCUGAGUCUGGAACUGCGGGCAGAGGUGGCGAUGCUAAGGUCAUUGCUCCAUGAGGCUCCAUCCACCCAGGCUCCUGGCCCCUGCUCUACCUCUGAUCUCUCCUCCCUUCUGGCACCACCACCAAUCUUAAGAGACCUCGUGCGUCAGGAACUCCGACAGCUGCUCCAAGGUCUCCACCAGAAGGCCAUUUCAGAGGGCAGAGACCAGACCCAGGCUUGGGCCCAGUAUAGCCCCAGGAUCCUGCGCUUUGCCUUGGAGGAUCCCAGGUGUGCUCUGCCUGUACAGAAGCUAAUCCAAAUGAGAGCUGGUGAAUCCAGGUCAGCCACCACCUUGCCAAUUCGGCUUUUUAGGGAGGCUGGUGCUUCCCUCAGGACCUGCCCUCAGGUGCUUGGGGUAAAGAGGUCCAGUGGGUUCUGCUCUAAGGAUUUGGAGCCUGACCCACCCCACCCUGCCCCAUCAUUCUGCAAGACCAAACUACUGAGCCAGUUCUCCCUGCAGCGACGUCUGGAGGAGGAGUAUACUGGGGCAGCCCGGCCUUCUGAGGGAACCCCAGAGCCCACGCUGGCAGAGCUGAAGGAACAGAAGGCAGCCAUGCAACAAGAGCUGCAGGCACGCCUACCACCUUCUUGUAUCUCUGUCAGCCACAGGCAGCGGCCCCUGGGGUCCAGCCAGGGCCUGAGGCCCUUGCCCUGCCUACAUGGGGCUGCUGGAGCUGGGAACAGACCUCUCCAGCCCUGCCUGCCUUCUCCUCCUUUGAAGAACUGCCCCCGCCCUCAAGAUCUGGCUGCAACCUGCCGCUGGGGAAGGAGGCUUCAGUGUAGUCCUGGGAUAAGGCCAGCUUCCAUGCCAGUGUCCAGUGUAGCGCCCCAUGCACCAACCUGAAGGACUGGGCAUGAACUUGUCUUCCGCUCCUGCUGGAACUUGGGCCACUGCUGCUGCCGUGCCUAGCUAGCUUCUGAUCUCAUCUUGGAUGGGUCCUUGGGAAGAACCCAAGGCUGUCUGUCUGGUCCCCAUCCCAGCCCCUUGCCAGGCAUCUGACCAGAUCAUCAAAACCCCAGACCUUUCCCCUCCCAGGCCUCCACAAAGGCCUGGCAGGCAAGGUCUCAUCCCAGCCCUGAUUCUUGUCCCCUAGGAAACCCAGACAAAGCACAGCAGCAGCUCAGAGACAGGAAUAGAAAUUUCAUUAAAAUCUAUGGACUUUAAAA